GUAAGACCUUUCUACUUUGUGUAUUCUCGCACCGCGUUCUUUUUGUCCAAACCACCUACUGUAGUUAAUGCGUCAGUGUCGUUUAAGAUGGCGGCCACCUUGACGAGAGGUCUGUCGGGUUUGCUGAGACCCUUGUCGGUUUUAGGCAGGGACUGUCUCACCCCUGCUGUCAGACUCACACAGACAGCUCGCUUCUCAGCUGUAGUGCAGAGACAUGUCUGCAGACCUCUGCCUCCUGUUCAUACUGCUGCUCCCGUGCAAAACACUGGCCUGCUGAAUCGCGUAACUCCCCUCAUCCCUUCAUUGAUGCUUCAGCCAGUCAGGAACUUAACCUACUACAGUCUGAGGAAAGGCAAGAGGAAGUCUGUGAAGUCGGUGGUUCAAAGGUUUCUCAGGCUACACUGUGGCCUGUGGGUGAGGAGAAAGGCUGGAUAUAAGAAAAAGCUGUGGAAAAAGUCAGCAGCCCGAAAGAAGCGGCUGAGAGAACAUGUGUUCUGUAAUAAAACUCAAUGUAAACUACUGGACAAAAUGACAACAUCCUUUUGGAAAAGAAGGAACUGGUACCUCAACGACCCAUACCAGAAGUACCAUGAUAGAGUGAACCUGAAGGUGUAAAACCCUCCUAACCUUAUUCUGUUUAGUUUUCAAGCAAAUAAAGAUGUGUCUGAUACAUGUA